AAAGCAGAGAAACUUACAAGGGAAGUAGAUGCAGUUCCUGGUUAUGAAACAUGUUCAUCAGCCUGGUGCUUUAAUUACAACUUCUUUGGAGUUCUUAGUGUGUUGUCUUCAUUUAUCCCCAAUCAGGGGCUGCAGUCACCUAAAUAAAUCCGUAGGAUUUACCCACAGAGCGUUUGUGAUUGAGCAGUAUGACAUGUGACACCCACUUGCCCUUUAGUUGCUGAUGUGUCUCCAGCUUUUCCAAGCCAAAAGCAGAGCCUAAGAUUAGAGCAACAUAUAUUUAAGGGUGUGUUUUGCAGAUGCUGGUUGGGACAUGAAGACAAAUGUAGGAAUGAUUAAAUGCUGCGAACGAAGUGGAAACUUCGCUGGGGAAAGAAAAUAUUUCUGGUUGGAGAAGUUUAAGUCAACACUGAUGCAUAAAACUCAGUUUUACCACUGAGUAGGUAUACAUUGUGUGUGUGUGUGUGUGUGUGUGUGUGUGUGUGUGUGUGUGUGUGUGUGUGUGUAGAGAUACCCUCACAAAAUGACCUGGAAGUUUCUCUGCAGUUCUUUUGAGAAGCGGACUUGGAGGUAUCUUGGGAGUAAGGAAGAUCACGGAAGACUGUGAUUUCUUCAGGACCUCAGGGAGGAAUGAUGAAACCAAAAGGAAGAAAAUCCAAGGCAGAUUAAUGGACUCAUUCUGAUAUUCAUGAUUCAAAGUAGGUUCGAAUCAGCUCUGUCCUCCCCCUUCUGUUUGCCGAACCAGCACUAAGCAGGAUUCCCCAGGCUGCUCCAUCACUCCCUGCGAUUCGCUGUCCCGGACUUUCUCCUGCCUCACCCCGGAAUCCGUGUUCAACUCUUCUCUGGAGAAGCUGUUCUUUGCCAGCCACUCGGAGAGGCUGGCUCCCCACGCGGCAGGCAGCACCCCUCUGCCCUCACACCCAUCCCGGGCUGCGGCGUUGGCAGGAGGGUAAAGGAGCCACCAACUAGCGGGAAACUUCCUCGAGGGAGAUGACUGGGGUUUUCGGGCUUCCCCAGCCCUUUCGCGCGGGGCCACACGGCAUUCAGUAAAGUGGUGCCGCAACUAUUGCAGGGUCUGAACUGCAGAGACUCGGGCCGCCCGCAGCAACGCAUCCCCGGCAAGGAACGGCGCCCUUUACCGCUGCAUGCGCCCAGGACGCCGCGGCCGCCAGCCCGGGGCUGCUGGCGGGCUCGGCGGGUGCAGAGACUGAGCGCCACGAUGCUUUGUUUUCCUGCCGCAGGAACCCGAGACGGUCUCUUUCCUCUACACUUAACCGGCCCGCAGCAAUAGCCAUGGAAGUUGCGGCGACACAGGAGAGGGAACCACUUGGCGCGGCAUCAUUACUGGAUGUUUCUUCUCUCCACACACCACUUCUUCCCUCCUUCCUGGGUGGCCGUUCCUGCAGCAGCACCCCCGGUGUGCCAGCCCAAGGGCGCCACUAACGGGCACUACGCGGCCCCACGCCUCUCCAUCUCCUCCCGAGCCACAGUGGUAGCCAGAAUGGAAGGUGCCUCCCAGGGGGGCCUGCAGACCGUCAUGAAGUGGAAAACAGUGCUUGCUAUCUUCGUAGUCGUGGUGGUCUACCUCGUCACUGGUGGUCUCGUCUUCCGGGCAUUGGAGCAGCCCUUUGAGAGCAGCCAAAAGAACACCAUUGCCUUGGAGAAGGCAGAAUUCCUGCGGGAUCAUAUCUGUGUGAGCCCACAGGAGCUGGAGACAUUGAUCCAGCAUGCCCUUGAUGCUGACAAUGCAGGAGUAAGUCCAAUAGGAAACUCUUCCAACAACAGCAGUCACUGGGACCUUGGAAGUGCCUUUUUCUUUGCUGGAACUGUCAUCACCACCAUAGGGUAUGGGAAUAUUGCUCCAAGCACUGAAGGAGGCAAAAUCUUUUGUAUUUUAUAUGCCAUCUUUGGAAUUCCACUCUUUGGUUUCUUAUUGGCUGGAAUUGGAGACCAACUUGGAACCAUCUUUGGGAAAAGCAUUGCAAGAGUGGAGAAGGUCUUUCGAAAAAAGCAAGUGAGUCAGACCAAGAUCCGGGUCAUCUCAACCAUCCUGUUCAUCUUGGCCGGCUGUGUUGUGUUCGUGACGAUCCCCGCCGUCAUUUUCAAAUACAUCGAAGGGUGGACGGCUCUGGAGUCCAUUUACUUUGUGGUGGUCACUCUCACCACGGUUGGCUUUGGUGACUUUGUGGCAGGGGGAAACGCUGGCAUCAAUUACCGGGAGUGGUAUAAGCCCCUAGUGUGGUUUUGGAUCCUUGUUGGCCUUGCCUACUUUGCAGCUGUCCUCAGUAUGAUCGGAGACUGGCUACGGGUUCUGUCCAAAAAGACAAAAGAAGAGGUGGGUGAAAUCAAGGCCCACGCGGCCGAGUGGAAGGCCAACGUGACGGCCGAGUUCCGGGAGACGCGGCGGCGGCUCAGCGUGGAGAUCCACGACAAGCUGCAGCGCGCGGCCACCCUCCGCAGCAUGGAGCGCCGGCGCCUGGGCCUGGACCAGAGGGCCCACUCGCUCGACGUGCUCUCGCCCGAGAAGCGCUCCGUCCUCGCCGCGCUGGACGCCGGCCGCUUCAAGGCCUCGUCCCAGGAGAGCAUCAACAACCGGCCCAACAACCUGCGCCUGCAGGGCUCGGAGCAGCUGAACAAACACGGGCAGGGGGCGUCCGAGGACAACAUCGUCAACAAGUUCGGGUCCACCUCCAGGCUCACCAAGAGGAAAAACAAGGACACCAAGAAGGCCUUGCCCGAGGACGUGCAGAAGAUCUACAGGAGCUUCCGGAAUUACUCCCUGGACGAGGAGAGGAAGGAGGAGGAGGGGGAGAAGGUGUGCAACUCGGACCACUCCAGCACGGCCCUGUUGACUGACUGCAUCCAGCCGCAGGCCGGGGCGGAGGACGGGGUGGUCCCCACGGACACCAAAGACAGGGAGCCAGAGAACAAAGCGUUACUUGAAGACAGAAACUAAGAGGUAAGGACGCUGGACUGUACCCAGCGUUGUGGGGUUUUUUAAUAUUCACCCUGAGACACGUGCCUUAAACAAGACUUCUCCUUAGUCCGAAGUUACAUAGCAUUGAAGACUCUGUCUCACUGUGCCAUAAACCACCGAGAAAGCUUGCUCUGCCAAAAGGAAUUGAAGGAUGAGGACUUGCCGCCAGGGCCGCAGGACACCCACGGAGCCUUCGCACGCGUAGGAGGUCACGAGCGCGUCCGAGGCGACGCUGUGCCCCCGGGCAGUGCCGUCCCGCUGCGGCGGGUAGCAAAGGGCAGCUAUUCUGUAGACCAGCCGUCUGAAAGGAACACGCGUGUCUUUUAAACGGACCUACCCUUAGUGAUAUGUGCACACACAGAAGGGGACGGGAUUCCAAGGGUGAAGUGGCACCUGUAACUAGGGUUAGAGCGGGCACUUCGGACAUGUUCUGAGCUCCAGUUUUGAUACAAACCGUUCAGUGCGUACCUAGUCUUUCUAAGCUCCAAAUCAAUGUCCUUGGGACCCGGGAGAGCACCUGGAAUGUGCUGGCAGCAGAUCAGAGCACACGUAUUCAAAGGUGCAAUUGCUUUCCUCAUUACAGAAGAAAAAAAUAAAAUAAAUCACAAACACAUCACACUGUGGAUAUUACCUUAACCAAUGACUGAAGCCUACUGAAUUUUGUCUUUCUCACGGGGGCGGGUAGUCCAAACAAACUUGCAAGCAUUGGUGAGAACUCACCCUCAGCCGCUGCAUGGUUACAGGCAAAAAUCAUGCAUUUUCCUCAGUGGGUGCAAUGGUGAAAAUAAACCGGUUUUGAAAUGUU